UGAUAGAUGUCACAUGACAGGCGAUUUUGAGUUCAGAGACAGACAGAGCUUUUCGGAGAAGACGGAAACGACUAUAUUUUUACGUUUACCAGCUUUACAAAAUGUUGUUUUCCAUAUCGAAAUAGGUGUGAGUUAGCACAUUAUGAUUUAGCGGUUUACAUCAGCGCACCCAACUAAUCGUCUCAGGUUGUCAUCGAGCUAAAGACUGUACGCCAACAUGAGUCCCGAAGGAAAGACCCUGCUCAACAUCAUAAUCCUGGGCUUGGGGUUCAUGGUUAUGUUCACUGCCUUUGGCACCUGCGGAAAUAUUGAACAAACCGUAAUAAAGGGUUUCAACAGUACAGAGUUUCAUGGAAGUGGCUACACAAGCAUGGCGAUUAUCUAUGCCGUAUUCUCUGCCUCUAACCUUAUAGCGCCUUCAGUGAUAGCUGUCAUUGGACCUCAGUUGUCUUUGUUUUUUAGUGGACUUGUUUACAGUGGUUAUAUUGCUGUUUUCAUUCAUCCUUACACCUCGUCAUUCUACACUUUAUCCGUAUUGCUCGGAAUUGCAGCUGCAGUGCUCUGGACGGCCCAGGGGAAUCUGCUCACCAUCAACUCCAAAGAUUCCACCAUUGGGAGAAACAGUGGAAUAUUUUGGGCGUUGAUGCAGUUUAGCUUAUUCUUUGGUAAUCUCUACAUAUAUUUUGCCUGGCGUGGCAAGAGUCACAUAACAGAUAAGGACCGCCAGACGGUUUUCAUCACACUCACAGUCAUCAGCCUGGUAGGCAACUUCCUUUUUUUUCUGAUCCAGCGGCCAGACCCAGAACCCGCACCUACUGAGGCCUCUGAGUCACUUCUACAAGCAGAUAUCUCUGAUGGCAGCACAGCUGUGCCAUCACAAAGUCUGUGCUCCCAGGCAAUCGAUGCAUUCAAGAAAUCCAUACAGCUGGCUAUGACCAAAGAGAUGCUUUUGCUGAGUAUACCCUUUGCGUACUCUGGUCUCGAGCUCACCUUUUACAGUGGGGUGUACGGGACAUGUUUAGGGGCCAUGACUCAAUUUGGAGACAGCGCCAAGGGUCUUAUCGGCCUCUCUGGAAUUUUGAUUGGUGUUGGUGAAAUACUUGGAGGGGGAGUAUUUGGCAUCCUGGAUAAGUGUAAUCGUUACGGCAGAAACCCAGUGGUGUUUUUUGGCCUGUUUGUCCAUAUUGUGGCAUUCUACCUCAUCUUCCUCAACAUAGCCAGCGAUGCUCCCGUGGCCCCAGAGGAAGGCACACAAAUGAAAGCUUUCAUCCAACCCAGCGUGAUUGUUGCGCUGAUAUGCAGUUUCCUGCUGGGUCUGGGUGAUAGUUGCUUCAACACUCAGCUCAUCAGCAUUGUGGGCUUCUUGUUUAGAGAAGACAGUGCCCCAGCAUUCGCAGUCUUUAAAUUUGUACAGUCCAUCACAGCUGCCGUGGCCUUCUUCUACAGCAACUACCUUCUCCUACACUGGCAGCUGCUUAUCAUGGUGGUGAUGGGUUUCCUAGGCACUAUUACUUUCUUUUUGGUGGAGUGGAGCGUUGGCAACAUUCGACGGGACUCUGAUUAUGACAGUAUCUGAAUGGAAAAGUUAGAAGGACUGAAGUGCCAGAACUACCACCUCAUCUCCAGCCUCAGUGAGCAGAUCUACAAGCCAUCCUCCAUGGCCAUUUUCCUCCUUGGUUUAGCUCUUAAGACGUCUCCUGUGGAAGCGACUAGUUCAUGUAUCCAUUCUCCUUUUCAAUCGGCUGCGUAGACUCUUUUCUUUACUUGCACUUAAAAUGUUUACUCCUCAGAUGGGAUCAAGGAUCAGAGGCUGUAAUGCAAUAAAAGGUUUGUUCACAUUUUUAAGUUUUCACAUAGCAUUAUACUGUGCAACGCUAGAAACCUAGAACUAUGGGCUAAUUCUUUUUCAGUGCUUAUUUUCUGGAACAUUAAACAAGAAGCAAUUUACAGUAGACAUAAUUCACUCAAAAAUUAAACCUCUGUCAUGAUUUACUUACCCUCAGGUUGUUUCAAACCCGAAGGGGGAAUUUUCUGAAGACUCUUCAUGCAGCUCUUUUCAUCACAGUUCAUAGUGACCAAUUUUGUAUGUGUCGUCAAUAGUGCUGUCAAACGAUUAAUCGCAUCCAAAAUAUAAUUUUUUACACAAUAUAUUUGUGUGUACUGUGUAUAUUUAUUAAGUAUAUAUAAAUGCACACACAUGCAUGGAUACAUUUAAAUAAUGUUAUGUUUACAUAUUUAUUGUAUUUAUAUAUAGUAUUAAUUUAAAAAUUAAAUACAUGUAAAUAUUUUUAAAAUAUAGAUACUGGAUGUAUGUGUAUUUAUAUACACAGUACACACACACACACAUACAUAAGUAAACAAAAACAUUCAUUUUGGAUGCGAUUAACGAACACAACUUACUAGUUUGAGGAUAAGAUUUGUGAGCCGGGGCCUAAGUUGACCUAAAUUUCAGUCUGAUUCUCAACUAACUAUUAUAUGGCAUCAGAAGUCUUAGAAUAUAGAGAAUUAGAUGUAUUUUUGGCCCAUUUUGGAGACUGACAAAUGUGGUCAUUUUGAAUUUUGUCAUUUGGAAAAGAGAUGUGUGAAGAUUCAGCUUUUUUUCCAUGUAAACUAAACAUGAGGUUAUGUAAAUGAAGACAGUUUUUUUUUUUAGGUGAACUGCUCCUUUAAGUAUGUAUUAUUUAAAAUCAGAUAUCGUAGAGGAGUCAUAGUGCAAAUGCAAUAAAUGAUUGAGCAAUGCAACAUCAUUUAAAUGUACACUACUUACGCUGUAAGACUAUAUAUGAGAAAUAUGAUUAAGGACAGUUUUAAUCUUUCACGACUACAUAUUCGGUAUCAACGUGAAACACUCAAAGCACAGUCAGUAGUUAAAUUAAAAUGUCUUGUUUAUUUUAAUUCUUUUUGCCAGUUUCUUUUUUUUUUUUAAGAACACAAUUUUGCCAAAGAUUUAUGCACUCUUUUUGUAGAAAUUUGCUUUAUUUUUUUUUAAAGUUUGACCUUGUUUGUUUGUGUGAAGUGAGCAAUUAUGUCAAUGAAUCUGAUCGCUGAUAUAAUCAAUAGAAAUUAGAGAUGGAAUGAUUUGGGUAUCUUUUUUUUCGUAAUUGCACCUGUAUCAAGCUGGGUUUAACUCAGCAUGUCAUUGUAAAUGUUAACGCAUUGAGAAAGGGUUCGGAAAGACACUUUCUUAAUACAUUCACAAUACAUAUUUUACGAGCUCAUUUGCAUGGGAGUAGGAGCUACAUGUACAUUAUUAUGGCGCAAACGGUUCGCCUUCAUUUGGUUCAGAGCAAUCUACAGGAUGUUGAGGGAAAAUGUGACGAAUAUCUGGUCAAAUACUUGAAUGUAUUGUACUGUAAAAAUGGUAAUGGCACCUGGAUAUUCUGUUUUCUUUUAUAAAAA